GCGGCCCCGGGAACCCGGAUCCUUCUGAGACGCUUAGUUGGCCCCGCGGAGCCGGCGGAGCAGGAACCUCACCCCAUUGGAGACCAUGGAUAAGUACGAUGUGAUUAAGGCCAUCGGGAAAGGUGCCUUCGGGAAAGCAUACUUAGCUAAAGGGAAAUCAGAUAGCAAGCACUGUGUCAUAAAAGAGAUCAAUUUUGAAAAGAUGCCCAUACAAGAAAAAGAAGCUUCAAAGAAAGAAGUCAUUCUUCUGGCAAAGAUGAAACAUCCCAACAUUGUAGCCUUCUUCAAUUCAUUUCAAGAGAACAGCAGGCUGUUUAUUGUAAUGGAAUAUUGUGAUGGAGGGGAUCUCAUGAAAAGGAUCAAUAGACAACGGGGUGUGUUAUUUAGUGAAGAUCAGAUCCUCGGAUGGUUUGUACAGAUUUCUCUAGGACUAAAACAUAUUCAUGACAGGAAGAUAUUACACAGGGACAUAAAAGCUCAGAACAUUUUUCUUAGCAAGAAUGGAAUGGUUGCAAAGCUUGGGGACUUUGGUAUAGCAAGAGUCCUGAAUAAUUCCAUGGAACUUGCUCGAACUUGUAUUGGAACACCUUACUACCUGUCCCCAGAGAUCUGUCAGAAUAAACCCUACAACAAUAAAACGGAUAUUUGGUCUCUUGGCUGUGUCUUAUAUGAGCUCUGCACACUCAAACAUCCUUUUGAGGGUAACAACUUACAGCAGCUGGUUCUGAAGAUUUGUCAAGCACAUUUUGCCCCAAUAUCUCCAAGGUUUUCGCGUGAGCUACAUUCCUUGAUAUCUCAGCUCUUUCAAGUAUCUCCUCGAGACCGACCAUCCAUAAAUUCCAUUUUGAAAAGGCCCUUUUUAGAGAAUCUUAUUCCCAAAUAUUUGACUCCUGAGGUCAUUCAGGAAGAAUUUAAUCACAUGCUUAUAUGCAGAGCAGGAGCGCCAGCUUCUCGACAGGCUGGGAAGGUGGUCCAGAAGUGUAAAAUACAAAAAGUGAAAUUCCAGGGAAAGUGCCCACCAAGAUCAAGGAUAUCUGUGCCAAUUAAAAGGAAUGCUAUAUUGCAUAGAAAUGAAUGGAGACCACCAGCUGGAGCCCAGAAGGCCAGAUCCAUAAAAAUGAUAGAAAGGCCCAAACUUGCUGCUGUGUGUGGACAUUAUGAUUAUUAUUAUGCUCAACUUGAUAUGCUGAGGAGGAGAGCCCAGGAACCAAGUUAUCACCCUAUUCCUCAAGAAAAUACUGGAGUUGAGGAUUACGAAAAAGUCAAGGUCAAAUCAGAAGAUGAAGAUGUUUCUGAAAUCAAAGAAUAUUGGAAGCAGUUAGAGGAAAUACGCCAACAGUACCACAAUGACGUGAAAGAAAUUAGAAAGAAGAUGGGGAGAGAACCAGAGGGUCUUCGUCCAUCUUCUGCCGAGCCAAAUCACAACCAGAGACAAGAGCUAAGAAGUAAUGGAGAAGAGCCUAGAUUCCAGGAGUGGCCAUUUAGGAAAAACGAAAUGAAGGAACAGGAAUAUUGGAAGCAGUUAGAGGAAAUACGCCAACAGUACCACAAUGACGUGAAAGAAAUUAGAAAGAAGAUGGGGAGAGAACCAGAGGAGAACUCAAAAAUAAGUCAUAAAACCUAUUUGGUGAAGAAGAGCAACCUGCCUGUCCAUCAAGAUGCAUCUGAGGGAGAAGCACCUGUGCAGACGGAGUUUUGCUCUUGUUGCCCAGGCUGGAGUGCAAUGGCACGAUCUCGGCUCACCGCAACCUCCGCCUCCUAGGACAUUGAAAGAGACUUGAAACAAAUGAGGCUUCAGAACACAAAGGAAAGUAAAAAUCCAGAACAGAAAUAUAAAGCUAAGAAGGGGGUAAAGUUUGAAAUUAAUUUAGACAAAUGUAUUUCUGAUGAAAACAUCCUCCAAGAGGAAGAGGCAAUGGAUAUACUAAAUGAAACUUUGACCUUUGAGGAUGGCCUGAAGUUUAAGGAAUAUAAAUGUGUAAAGGAGCAUGGAGAUUAUACAGACAAAGCAUUUGAGAAACUUCACUGCCCAGAAGCAGGGUUUUCCACGCAGACUGUAGCUGCUGUGGGAAACAGGAGGCAGUGGGAUGGAGGAGCGCCUCAGGCUCUGCUGCAGAUGAUGGCAGUGGCCGACAUCACCUCCACCUGCCCCACGGGGCCUGACGGUGAGUCUGUGCUUAGCGUCAGUCGUCAGGAAGGGAAGACCAAGGACCCGUACAGCCCGGUGCUCAUCCUGAUGUGAUAGUCUACUUCUCAGUACAACCCCUAUAGACUUGUAUCAGACACUUUCAAAUAUGUUGUUUUGAUAUCUCCCUACUCCUAAAGAGACUUGCCUGCUAAUUAUCCUGGACAGACGACCGCUCUAGACAUGUACAUAUAAAGGAGGAAAAAUCCAGGAUGCCACCUUCCUCGGAGUGAGGGAAAAUGCAUGAGGAAGGGCAGCUGACUUGAUUUACUUUCCAAGGCCAGCUCAGCAACUUUUUUUG